GGCGGCGGCAGCAGCAACUGCGCGUGAACCAGAAGAAGAAAUCAGCAGCUAAACACUACUGGACAACUUCUGAGAGAUGGCUGUGCCGGCAACGUUUCUGGUGUUCUGUGCCUGUGUUUUGGGGUUUUACCAUGUGGAAGCAACACCAGACACCCUGAGCUCUCAGGAUUCUUCGUUCUGUCAUGGCGGACUAGAGGUCAUCUAUCCACAGCUGGACAUUGACAAAUGCCUCGUAAUUCCAAAGGACCAGAAACUCAGACAAAAGAUCAGCACACUUUGGGAAGCACCACGGAUUUACUUUUCCGGAGCAAACAAGAAAAAGAUGUAUGUUCUGGUGAUGGUUGAUCCUGAUGCUCCGAGGCGCAUCAACCCAACAGCUGCGUACUGGAGGCACUGGGUGGUCGUGAAUGUGCAGGGCAGUGGACUCAUAAAAGGACAGAUGCACGGGACAACCCUCACUGAGUAUCAUCCUCCAACCCCGCCACAGAAAUCUGGUUUUCACCGCUACCAGUUCAUGUUGUAUGAGCAGCUGCCAGAUGCACCAGUGUCACUCACCGAGCAGGAGCAGUCAUCCCGUGGUAAAUGGGAUCUUCAGGCCUUCGUCAAGAGGUUUUAUCUGGGAAAGCCUGUGGCCACUCUGCAGUUUCUCACCCAAAACUACAAAGACUGAAGGAUGUUCAGAUGUCUGAAACAAGAAUCUGUCAGUACAACAAUAUAAAACAAAAUGUUUCCCCACUUUCCUUGAAUUAAACAGCAUCAGUUCUUCAAAGCUUA